AUGCCCGGCAACCGGACCUCGUCUUCUUCGAUGUGGUGGCUGUCAAGCGGUGAGAUCAAACGAGCCCGCGCCAGAGUGGAGAAAGAGGCUUUUGCCAUUCGCAAUGCCACAGAGGACAUCGUGACUCCGGCCAAUGCCUUCGAGACGCAUGCCGGUCAGUUCUGGCAGGUCUACUCCACGCGCGCCUACAUGCGGGCUCGAUUUGAGCUGGCAGGACCUUGCCUUCUGGCGACGGGCACCCUUGAUGGCGUGCAGCAGGCUCUCGAGCAUCUGCUGGACAUGUUGAAGCUAUCUCGCAGCGACAACAUGGGCUUGAGAGACAUAAUUCCAGCCAUCAUGCUCCGGCUCGACCUAGAUCGGGAGUGCCACGACUUUAUCAGGUGGUGGUCAGUCCUUGAUAGCCCUGGUGACGACCUAUGGGCCGACUCGGACGCGCCUUACUUGAUUCCCAGUGAGGCCAGCAUCUUAAGCGAGCCCGACUUCAUCAGCGAGCGCUUUCCAUCACUGGACCAUUUAAAUGUUCUAUUGCUUCUCGAACUAAGACUUGUCGUCGACAUUCGCAACCUCAAAGUUUGCCGCAAGGUUCUUGCCGCCAGCAAACUCCCAGAGCAUCUUUGGCGCACCAUCGAGCUGGCCACACUCCGAAGCCCGCUGUCCUCCUUGUACCAACAACUACCGCCCGACGACCUGACCACUGCUGGUGAGGUUCAUCUCGAGCAUGCUAAGAAGCUCGGCUCUCAGCUCCACAGGGCCAACUCCUCUUUCAUGUUCGACCUCUUCGACCCAGACGAGGCCCUGUCCAGCGUUGUCGAAACGUACUCGCUCGGAUCGUGGGAAGAAAUGGCCCUGACUUUGCAGAACUCGUAUGCUGCGUGGUCAGGGUCCGAGGGUGUUCUUGACCUUCUCGGAGAUGCAUGCUUGUGCGCCGAACUCGAUUCGGAAGCCGAGAUGGAGGACAUGAUGGAUACCGAUACCUUUCAGUCGGGAGAGGGCCGCGAUCGCACGAUAGAGGAGCUGCUCGAAGAUGUGGGCGUCAACCGGUUGUGGGGAUACCUCGAGGACGCAUACGCCGACGCCUAUUGGCUCGGCCCGUGGUGCGACCGACCCUCCGAGCAGCGAAGGAAGGAAGCGCGCAGGCUUUGGGACGAACCAGAUGACGAUUAUUUUGGUUACGGCAUGGAGGACAGCGAUUUGGAGGACAGCGAUUUGGAGGACGGCGACUUGGAGGACGGCGAUUUCGAAGACUGA